UGUUUAAGGAAUUGCCCCAGAAGGCAAGAUGGCGCUGCGGCCUGCGGCUAGACUCUCCUCCCAGCAUGCCUAGCGGCCGACCCGUAGCCAAGUGAUGGGGAUCCGGUAGGGCCCAGCGAGUGGCUGGAACUGAGGCGCAGCCGCGGGCCAGGGCGUUGGGAGCUCACAGAGAGCCAAGAUGGAGACGUGGCGCUGUGUGAGGAGGGGCUACGGCCGCUGUAUGGCGGGACGAGUCCGGUACUCCAUGCUUCCCUAUCCUCUAAAGAGUUUGGGUGGAGACUGGACCACGCCGUGGGGUGAUCUGCAGAAGUACUGCUGGCGCAGACACAUUUCCAGUUGUCUGAGGUGGCCAGGACAUUACUCCCGUGCGCCCUACCCAUACCUGAGUAGCAGGCACUUCUCUUUGAACUGUAGACCUCCUUUCCUGUUGGAGUCUGGAGCACAGUUUCAGUACUAUAAUUGGAGACCUGACCAACUGAGCAACACAUCCUUGAUCCAUCUCUCUCGUUACGUCAUGAACUCUGACAGAGAUGAGCCCUCAUCCAAACGAAGAAAACACCAAGGAACAAUAAAAAGGAAUUGGGAGUAUUUAUGUAGCCAUAAUAAAGAGAAUACGAAGGACCUUGAAGACAGAAAUGUUGGCUCCACAUGUGAGGACCGCGAAGAUAAGUUUGACUUCUCAGUGAUGUCUUAUAACAUCCUCUCGCAGGACUUACUGGAGGAUAACUCGCACCUCUACAGACACUGCCGACGCCCAGUGUUACACUGGAGCUUUCGGUUUCCCAAUAUUUUGAAAGAAAUCAAACAUUUUGAUGCAGAUGUGCUUUGUCUACAGGAAGUUCAAGAAGAUCAUUAUGGGACAGAGAUCAGGCCAAGUCUGGAAUCACUGGGUUACCACUGUGAAUAUAAGAUGAAAACAGGAAGGAAGCCCGAUGGCUGUGCCAUCUGCUUCAAACAUUCCAAGUUCUCGCUCUUAUCUGUGAACCCAGUGGAGUUCUGCCGCCGUGAUAUCCCUCUGCUGGACAGAGACAACAUUGGAUUAGUUUUACUCCUGCAGCCCAAGAUCCCACGUGCUACCUCUCCAUCCAUCUGCAUAGCUAACACUCAUCUGCUGUAUAAUCCACGGCGUGGUGAUAUUAAGCUGACCCAGCUGGCGAUGCUGCUAGCAGAGAUUUCCAAUGUGGCCCAUCGCAAAGAUGGCAGCUUAUGUCCCAUUGUUAUGUGUGGUGACUUUAAUUCUGUUCCUGGUUCUCCACUCUAUAGUUUCAUAAAGGAAGGAAAAUUAAAUUACGAAGGUCUUGCGAUUGGAAAGGUAUCUGGCCAGGAACAAUCUUCACGGGGACAAAGAAUUUUAUCUGUUCCAAUUUGGCCCCCAAACCUAGGCAUCUCUCAGAACUGUGUUUAUGAGGCACAGCAGGUUCCCAAAGUAGAAAAGACAGACAGUGAUCUGACUCCAGCACAGCAGGAGAAAGCGGAGGCCCCAGUGUCAGCUGACAAAGUGUCCUCGCAUCUACAGCACGGGUUCAGCUUGUCAUCUGUCUAUUCCCAUUAUGUUCCUGACACCGGAGUUCCAGAGGUGACCACCUGCCAUUCCCGAAGUGCCAUAACUGUGGAUUAUAUUUUCUACUCUGCAGAGAAGGAGGACACUGCUCGGGGCCCAGGAGCUGAAGUUGCUUUGGUUGGUGGCUUGAAACUUCUAGCUAGACUGUCACUUGUAACAGAGCAAGACUUGUGGACCGUGAAUGGCCUUCCCAAUGAGCACAGCUCCUCAGACCACCUGCCUUUGCUAGCCAAGUUUAGGCUGGAGCUCUGACGACUGCUCCUUCACACAACUUCCUGUCUAUAUUCAAAGAUGUAAAAAAUUUAAGUAUUUGCAUGCUGUUCAUUUUUGUGCUGUGGGGUUCUGAAUUUCUGUUAUAUGCUUGAAACAGAUUGGAAGAAACAAAUUUACAACCUUUUUUAAUGAAAUAUUUUCCUGAUAUCUGUUAUUUAAAGAACUUUAUUGUAAAUGCCUUCUAAGUUCUGGUGAAGUUGACAGCGUUUUUUAAAAUGCCCUUCACCUCCUUGGCCCUCAAGGCGGGAAGUCAGUGCUUUGUAGUACAUCCGCUGGUCGGCACAGCUUAGCUCCCUGCUUUGUCUGGAGACCUAAUUUCUUCAGGAGAGGCCUGUGCUUGUUCUUAGAAAUCACUGGGUCAUUCUCCACAAGGGGUCCAAGCUUCUGAAGAGGCUUGAUGAUGUGUUUGCUGUAGAGAGCACUUGAGCCUUGUCACUGAAGCCCCGAGCUGUGGAUGUGCCCACAUUUUGUAGUGGAAAUGGUUGAGAAGUGGAGGCCACUCUCAGAAGAGCAAGGCUCCGAGGGAGAGAAGGUGACGCACACCUAUAAUCUGACUAGUGUUUGGAAGUGGCAGCAAGAGGGUUAGCCGCUGAAAGCCAGCUUUAGCAACAUAGCAAGUUUGAAGCCAGCCUGGGUUACAUGAAACACUGUCUUAAGAUCAAAAAAAAAAAAGAGACAAAGUCCUUUAUGUCUGUCCACUCCUGUCCUGGGCAAAGGUUGCUCUAAGGAAAGCAGAUGGGCCAGUUGCAUCUAAGAACAUCCUUAAUCCCAGCAUCCAGGAGACAGAGGUGGAAGGAGUGCUGUGGGAGUCAAUCCCAGGCUGACUAGGGCUGCACACAAGGCCCUGUGUCUCAAAGACCAACAAGGUGGCAGACCCCAGCUUGGACCUCUGUCUCCUGCACCUCCCUUUCUGUUUAAUGCUAGUGGAAGGUCCUUGGGCCAGGAGUGACAUUUUGUUGAGCCAAUUUUGUAUAAAUUUAUUAGAGAAUUGGUCUAUGGAAGGAAGGGGAGCUCUACAGCUGUUUGUCAUUUGCCUCCAACAAGCAGUAGUCUUGUGGGGAGGUGUUGCUUAGACCCGGGAGCCUCCCUCACUGUUGGCCGUGGCAUCGAGCUUUCUGGUGCAGUGGUGCAGCAGUGUACGGUGGCCUACACUGUCCGCACAGCCUCACAGCACCUGGCUAGCCAGUAGCUUAUGGUGUACAGUGUCGAAUGAUAGAAUCCUAAAUGUAAGUAGAAAUUUCUCUACUUUUUAAAAUAGUAGACUCAGAUUAUAGGCAUUUUUACUAAGUCAUUACUGUGCAGAAAUAAAUGUUUUCUACGGUGGUUUUUAUUAAUAGAAUGUUUUAAAUUAGACAAUAAAUCUUUGCAAUUUAAAUUUUUAA